ACGGGGACAUUUGACAGCUAGUGCGUGCACUUCUUAUGACUAAAUAAUGCUGUGUGCACAAAAUUUCCUUUACAGAACACACUGAUGGAGGUUUCGGAACAGGUUACCACGGUAAGAAGCAUAUGGACUUAAGCUUUAUAUUUGGCAGAUUUCUAGAAGGUAACAGUACUUUGAUUAACUCUCUCUAUAUAGAGCAGCUAACAAUGCACAUUCUUAGGUGAACCGAGCAAUGGAAGAGACGUACCAAUGAAAUGCUGCGAUGGGAAAAAAGUGCAUCUCACACAGUGGCAAAGUUGGCUUUUCCACGCCUGCAACUAGAGGACAACAUGAGGCCUUCUAUGGAUGACGUUCUACCGAUGUUGAAAUUCAAAUGAGUGGCGAUGAAACUGAGGGUAGUAGUAAAGGUUCCUCAGCGUCUUUCUCAGGAAUGCUAUGCAGUUGAUGAAAUCUGAAUUUCUACCUUCACCAAAUUCCGCGAAUGAUAGAUGGUUUAGUGGCUCUACCACAACCAACAUUAUAAAUCUCCAGCUUCUCGAGUUCUUCCUCAUGACAUCUUGAUGUUCUGCAAAUUUGUAUAUUUUAUGCUCCGUUUCUUCUCUGACUGUGUGUCAACUACGUUGCCUAACCUAUCAGGAUGUACACUGUAAAUCAAUCUGCCUUCCAUCAACCAAUCUGUGAGAUGCUUUUUGAAUUGUUACAUUACGGAAGCUUCACAAUAUGCUAGCUUUGAUCAUUUAGCUUAUGACAAAGCUCUUCAACUGGUAUCUGAUCCGGAGACUGGAUUUUUUUUGAUUGAGAACACCAUCACAGAUUAGUUGAUUGCAGAAAUUUUCUGAUCAUUCAACCAUUGGAAGUAAGUGAAUAAAGUCACUUAUCAUUCUUUUGUAUCAGAAAAGUCACUUACCUUAUCGUUUCACUCAAAAGGUCAUUUUUCUUUCUUUUGUAUCAAAAAAGUCACUUAUCUUUUACUAUUUCACUCGAACGGUCUGUCAAGCCUGUAUGUGAUAUAUCCGGACUUUGUUCACCUAUUUCCAAAUCGAAAAUGACUAAACAAGGGCAGCCCGGUGCACUAAAGCUUUCGCUAUGCACAAGGUCCGGGAAGGGCCCCACCACAAGGGUGUAUCCUACGCUGCCUUACCUUGCAUUUCUGCCAGAGGCUGUUUCCAAGGCUUGAACCGUGACCUCCUGGUCACAUGACAAUAACUUUACCAGUUACUCCAAGGCAACCCUUCAAAUCGAAAAUGACUCAUAACCAAAAUACUUUAAUGUUCUUACCAACUUCCCUUCCUCUCAUGGAAAUAUUAUGUGAUCUAAACUACUUGCUUUCUUCUUAGGAAAGAAGGUACAUACAUGCUUGUUAAGACGAUGCAUGAGAUUUGUUUAAAACAAAAAAAAAAGUGCAGAAAUAUCUUAACAGUCAAUGAGUCAAGUCUUUACAUAGUAAUUAGUCAAUGAGUGGAAAAGUCUUCCAAGUUGGCCCUCAUUUGGAUCUUUUUCUUUUACUCAAAGUCUUUGCAACAAAUUCCAAGUCCACAUAUAGAAAAUUAAACCAGAUAACAUGGUUGAUAUUGCAGAAAGAAACCUUAACACUUAACACCACUCUUUUCCAUUUUUCUUGCUUUGUGAGACCAUAUAGAGUACAUAACAUGUCUUCUACUUUCUUGUUUCUGUGUUGUUUAGUGAUGUUUAGCUUGCAUCAAGUACUAGGUAACUCCAUAACCAACUGCACCGAUGAAUUCGACUGUGGAAGCCUUGGAGUUAUGAAGUUUCCUUUCACAAAUUCCAGCAAUCCUGAGUGUGGAUUAUGUAAGUUUGAUUGUCAUGCUAAACCAUAUCCAAAGAUCGAACUUGGUGGACACAAAUAUGAUGCUCUAUUGAAGAAGGGUGAUUUUUUCUUACUCUCAGAUCCUAUGCUUAAAGAGUAUUUAGAUAACAAAAGUUGCAAGUCUUUCAACAAAAAAUUCUCAUUUCCAAAUUCCUCUUUGAUGACUUUCCAAAUUGUUCCUAACUUAACCUUGUACAGAUGCAAACAUAGUCAAGACAACACCAUCCAGAAAACAAUUGAUUACUUUUUCCAAGGUUUCAAUAGUUACAAAAGGUGUGAAGAUUUUAAUGUUUACUAUCACCAUCCCAAAAACUCAUUAGGAAAUACUAGUGCUAAGAUAAGUGGCAAACUUCCAAAGCACUGUUCACUUUUACAAUUGCCAAUUGUAUUACCUACACCAUCAAAACCACAUGCAAGUCUUGGCUUGUUUGAACUGUUGACAUCUGAUAUUUUACUAGACUGGGAGUUGUCCAAAGAUUGUCAUCUGUGUCUUGACAAAGGAGGGAAAUGUCAGAUCAUCGACGAACACGAGUUUCAUUGUUCCAAAGGGCAAAAUGGACAAAGUAAGUUGAGAAUGAUUAUCCUGGCCUCAGUGAUAAGCGGAGUUGGUUUGAUCCUACUAUCUUCCGUUGUCAUCUUCUCUAUCUGGCGUCGCAAGAGAGGGAAGAAUGAUUCUAAACGUUCUCAGGAUCUUGUCGUAGAGAGCAAAUAUUUUGGAUUUCAGGUUCCGGUUUUCACCUAUGCUGAACUUCAGGAAGCCACCAACAAUUUUGAUCCCUCUAAUGAACUAGGAGAUGGAGGUUUUGGAACUGUAUAUUCCGGAAAACUAUAUGAUGGAAGAGAAGUUGCAGUAAAAUGCCUCUAUGAGCACAACUGCAAGAGAAUGCAGCAGUUCAUAAACGAAAUCGAGAUUCUUACUCGUUUGAGGCACCAAAAUCUUGUGUCCCUUUAUGGCUGCACAUCAAGACGCAGCCGUGAACUUCUCCUUGUUUACGAAUACAUCCCCAAUGGAACAGUUGCUGAUCAUCUACACGGCGAAAGAGCAGCAGAGGGAUCACUCACGUGGCCCAUUCGCAUGAACAUUGCAGUUGAAACCGCCAGUGCAUUGGCUUACCUCCAUGCUUCUGAUGUGAUACAUCGCGAUGUCAAGACUAACAACAUCCUUCUCGACAAUAACUUUCGUGUCAAAGUAGCAGAUUUUGGGCUCUCGAGACUUUUCCCUAACGAUGUUACUCACAUAUCAACAGCACCUCAAGGGACGCUUGGAUACGUUGAUCCUGAGUAUCACGAAUGCUAUCAGCUUACUGACAAAAGCGACGUUUAUAGCUUUGGAGUUGUCCUUAUUGAGCUCGUAUCAUCAAUGCCAGCUGUUGACAUGAAUAGGCACAAGCACGAGAUCAAUUUGGCUAACUUGGCGAUAAACAGGAUACAAAGAUGUGCAUUCGAUGAACUGAUUGAUCCAUCAGUCGAGUUUGCACCAGAUAUACUCAUUAAUAAGAGAAUGACUAUCUCUGUCGCAAAGCUAGCUUUUCGAUGCUUGCAACCCGAUAGGGAUAUCAGACCAACAAUGGAUGAAGUAUUGAACAUUUUAAAAAACAUCCAAGGUGGAAAGUUUCAUCAAGAUGAGAAGACAUUUGAUACUAGUGCUAGUUUCAAUUUAUUCAAGAACAAGAGUGUUAAUAUCCCUCCAUUUUCGCCCGAAUCAGAUAAGGCUGCACUGUUACAGAAAGUUAGGUUCCUAAGUUCACCAGAAACUAAUAGUGAGAUAUGGAUUAGUGGCUCAACCACAACAAGCACUAGUGAGUGACUAGUCACCUAUGUCGCCCGGCCGCUCAAAAAAAGUUGCCGCACUCAUGUCAGAUCCUUAAGAAAAUGCAUACACCUAACGAUAUUUUUGAAGAGUUCGAGCACCAUAAGUGAAUAUCUUAGGAAAUGUAUAGAAUGAUGUUUUUUCAGACUUCAAACUCUACUAACACUUUGGCUAGGCAUUUGAUGAGCUUAAGUGAAUGUACAUGUAUAUAAUAUAUUAUGUUCUUGAUGUUAUGCUUCUUUUUUGCUUUU